GUCAACGAUAGCUUCAGUGCGAGAGAGGGUGGAUUUCACAGGGAAAGACUUCGGUGUUUUCCAACGGAGACGGUGGAAAUUCGGCUAAAAUGGCUUCACUGGGGGAACCCGUAAGGCUGGAAAGAGACAUCUCUCGGGCUAUUGAGCUGUUGGACAAGUUACAGAGGACCGGAGAAGUACCUCCCCAGAAACUCCAGGCUCUUCAAAGAGUCCUCCAGAGUGAAUUCUGCAAUGCUGUGCGAGAGGUGUAUGAACACGUGUAUGAGACUGUGGACAUUAACAGCAGCCCAGAGGUCAGAGCCAAUGCUACUGCCAAGGCCACAGUGGCAGCGUUCGCAGCCAGUGAGGGCCAUUCCCACCCCCGUGUUGUGGAGCUGCCAAAGACCGAGGAGGGCCUGGGUUUCAACAUAAUGGGAGGAAAGGAGCAAAACUCACCCAUUUACAUCUCUCGGAUCAUCCCUGGUGGUAUAGCUGAUCGCCAUGGCGGCUUAAAGAGGGGGGACCAGCUGCUGUCCGUCAAUGGAGUGAGUGUGGAAGGGGAGCACCAUGAGAAGGCUGUGGAGCUUCUGAAGGCUGCUCAGGGCACAGUCAAACUGGUGGUGAGGUACACCCCAAAAGUUCUGGAGGAAAUGGAGUCGCGUUUCGAGAAGAUGAGAUCUGCCAAACGUCGCCAACAGAACAGCUACCCCCAGUAGUGUCCUUACUCUGACUGCCAGAUCCUUUUCAUCUUUUUUUCCCUCACUUUCCUUCUCCAGCUGUCUCUCUUAGUUCCGGUUACUAUCCUUACCUUCCUCGUAAUUUCUUCUCUCCGAUUCUUCUAUUUCUUAUCACUGUCACUGGAUUUUUCACAUUCCUUUUUUCCCAUUCCUAACGUUCUAUGUUUCUUCACCUUUCAACACUUUCAUACAUUGUUCAACCAUCUCAGCACAAAAGGAGAACAUUUUUUCCAAACAAUCUACUUUCUUACUUUCACAUAAUAUGUGCAUUAUUGAUGUCUGAUAGCAAUGUCUGUGCUUUGGAACUUAUACUUCUCGAAGGGUUUUAUGAUUACUAGUGAUACUUUCUGAAAUGCUAUGAAUAUUCUGGUAUUUUAAAUUAAGGCAAAGUACAGCUUUCACUAGAUACCUGGGAUGUAUUCAGACUAGAAUAACAAAAAACUGCUCAUAUUCAGCACUUUGCACAAUUAAUGUAACAAAUGGAAAGUGUCACUUACAGAAUAUGUAAAUAGUUCACUUGGCAACAAAUAAUAACUUCACUGAAUGUUACUUUGGAACUGAAGAUUCAUCUGACUUUGUCCUUCUUCUCCAAUCUUUUAAAUGAUUAUGAUGAAUUUUAAUCUUGAAAAAUUCAGCUGUCGUUUCUGCAUAUAUGUUGGGAUGGGAUGAGAUAGGCCUGCACAGUUUCUGUUGUAAUUGUAUGCUAUAGAUUGUCUUCACGGUUGAGUUAUUUUCUUUAGAUAAAUGUAUAUUGUGGUGUGUUCAUGGUGUUUUGUCUUCAAGCCCACACAUACAGGUGUUUCUUAAUUCUCUAAAAUGACACUAAAGGAAACCACACAAAAUGGAUCCUACUAAAUAAGUGAUAUUUUAAAAGUAGACAUGAGGAAGGCAUUAUGAUCUGCAAGCCAAAGUCUUCAUUGGGGCCGUCACCCUGAGUAGGGACCUCUACUCAUACUGUGCUUUAGUUGUAGAUCCCCCAUAAUAUGGUUCAGAAGAGCAACCUAAGGCAUCUUCUUCAAAGGACCAAUAUGCUGACAUUUAACGUGCAGCUUUCUGUUGAUACAAUCCAUUAUGAUUUUAAUGAUCACAUUGAGCUGUGAAGAAGGGAAUGAACUUGUGCGGCACAAAAGUGAGUCGGAAGGGCAAACUUUACUGGUUCUGGCACUGAGUUCAGUUACUGGUUGUGAUGAUUGUAA